AGCUGGGGAGGGGGUGUUUUUGGUCUGUUUGAGAUGUCAGGGCACCGAAGGAAAAUGGCAACCGCGAGUGAGAGCUGGGCCAAGGAUAUCCAGAGCGGUCCUUCGCUGCCCGCAGCACGCAGCUGUUAGGGCCUGACGCAGGGCGGGGGCGUGCGGGGGCGCAGCAACGACUCCGAGCUCUUAUAGCUGCGGGCCCGACUGCGACCCCGCCCGGAAAGCCCCGACCCGCCUGCGGCAUUCGUCAGGCAGCAGCGACCCCGGCACCUCUCUCAAGUGGGCGGUUCUCCAGAGCCACAAUGGACACAGCUAGCCAUAGCCUUGUCCUUCUGCAGCAGCUAAACAUGCAACGAGAAUUUGGUUUUCUGUGUGAUUGCACCGUUGCUAUUGGAGAUGUCUACUUCAAAGCCCACAGAGCAGUGCUUGCUGCUUUUUCUAACUAUUUUAAGAUGAUAUUUAUUCACCAAACAAGUGAAUGCAUAAAAAUACAGCCAACUGACAUCCAACCUGACAUAUUCAGCUAUUUGUUGCACAUUAUGUACACUGGGAAAGGGCCAAAACAGAUUGUGGAUCAUGGUCGUUUGGAGGAAGGGAUUCGAUUUCUUCAUGCCGACUACCUUUCUCACAUUGCAACUGAAAUGAAUCAAGUGUUCUCACCAGAGACUGUGCAGUCCUCAAAUUUAUAUGGCAUUCAGAUCUCAACGACCCAAAAAACAGCUGUCAAACAAGGGCUGGAGGUCAAGGAAGCUCCUUCUAAUAACAGUGGAAACAGAGCUGCUGUCCAGGGUGACCAUCCCCAGUUGCAGCUCUCUCUUGCAAUUGGGCUGGAUGAUGGCACUGCAGACCAGCAGAGGGCCCAUCCUGCCACCCCGGCCUUGGAGGAGCACCAGAAGCCCCCAGUGUCCAUCAAGCAGGAGAGAUGUGAUCCAGAAUCUGUGAUCUCCCAGAGCCAUCCCUCACCCUCAUCAGAGAUGACAGGCCCCACUUUCACUGAAAGCGGUAUCAAAAUACACUUAUGCCAUUACUGUGGGGAACGGUUUGAUUCUCGUAGUAAUCUAAGACAACAUCUCCAUACCCACGUGUCCGGAUCCCUCCCAUUUGGUGUCCCUGCUUCCAUUCUGGAAAGUAAUGACCUUGGUGAAGUGCAUCCACUUAAUGAAAAUAGCCAAGCUCUUGAGUGCCGUAGGCUCAGCUCCUUUAUUGUCAAGGAAAAUGAGCAGCAGCCUGACCACUCAAGCCGGAGUACCACAGAGCCUUUGCAGAUCAGUCAAGUGUCUUUGAUCUCCAAAGACACAGAGCCAGUAGAAUUAAACUGUAAUUUUUCUUUUUCAAGGAAAAGAAAAAUCAGCUGUACCAUCUGUGGUCAUAAAUUUCUCCGAAAGAGCCAGUUGCUGGAACAUAUGUAUACACACAAAGCAAUGUCUGCCAAAUGUUGUCUUCCUAGUGUUGAGCCAACAUUUCUAGGGCCUGUUCAUAGACCUGAAAACAAUGCCCAGCAUUUACAUCAUGGCUGUGUAAACACUGUUCGAUGCCAGACCGAUCAUGAGCCAGGAGGACCUUUCCAAGGUCACACAUGUCUCUUCAACACUGCUCCUCCAGCAUCAAGCACAUCGUCUCUGCUUUGUAAGCAGAGUGGCUUCCAUGAGCAACUUAUCCUUACAGUUGCCUAGAUGAUGCCUGUGGUUUGCAUCCACCCGGACUUCUACUUCCUUAACGUGAGAGCUUUUGUUUUGCAUUAUUACAUUUCGACACCUCUGUCUUCCCAGCUCUCUCCAGUCUUUCUCAGUACCUCUUCUUCCUCCUGUUCCAUGUUGGAUUUGUAACUCUGGGUCACUUGCAGUUGUCAGGACUCUAGUGACAGUUUUCCUGAAAAACCAUGACUUCCUUUUUCUUGGUUUGGUCCUUGUUUUGCUGGAGUACAUUGCUAAAUCUCUUCCUGGGAAGAGAUGUGAGAGUGGCAAGCCUAUACAUGCCUGAAAACAUCUGGAUAGGUUUGGUGGGGUGUAAAUACAAGUGGAAAGUCAUCUUUCCCUGUGAACUUGGAGGGCAUUCCUCCAUUGUCUAAAAGUCUCUUACAGCUGCUAAGAAGACAGUUCAGUCUAAUUCUCUCUCUCUCUCUCUUUUUUUUCCAUAGGCAAGUCAUUUUUUUCUUCUCUGGAGAAGGAUUUUCAUCAUGGAUGGUUUUGAAAUUUUACCUGCUAUAUCCAGGGGUGGCUCAUUCAUUAUGAUGAGUACUUGGGGGCCCUUCACUUAAGAGUCCAAGAACUCCUGA